AUGGCGCCUUCCGUUUCCAAAUCCAAAUCUCUCUCUACUUCGUCUACGCCUCCUCUCCGAGAAAGGCAUGGUCGGUUCUUUGGGCAAACUCUACGACAGCGUACAAAAGCUAAACCAGACAUAUAUGCAACCCAACCUCAACAAGGAUGCCUUAUAAAACCUAAGCAACAGCAGCCACUUGGUCGCUCCAAUCAAGUCCUUCCUCUCUUGAUCGACGGUGGAUCUAACGCUAACAAAUUGUACACGUGUCCUUCAUGCCGGCUGUCUAGCUACCUCUACAGAAGCGAAGUGUACUACGUGGCUGACGACCCUAAGGCCAUUUGUCCGCAGUGCCGUGGCGUCAUGUCCAAACCCAUGACUUAUGUUGCUACGCCGUCAGUUUCUGCCGGAGAAACGUCGGCCCGUGGCGAGGGAGGUGGGUUUGUGAGAGAGUUUACUUACAUGAUAAUGGAUGAUUUGCAAGUGAAGCCUUUGUCUGCCAUUUCUAGUAUGGCUCUGCUCAACACCUUCAAUGUUACGGAUGUUCGUUCACUUGAAGAGAGGGUGGUUCCUCUUGACAUGGAUAAGGGUUUGAAAUUGUUGAAGGCGUCGUUGCAGUCGAAUGCAGUUCUCACGAAGGUGUUCCUAAGUAAGAAAUGA